UCGCUGCUUCAAGCGCCCGCUUCUGAGACCUCUCACGACGACGGCGACGACGGGGGUGACGAGACAGUGCCCUAAGAGCUAAUUUCUCCUUUCACGAACCUUGAGGCGGUGAAAAAACGCAUGGGGUGCUAUUAUUAUCAGAUGGCAUGGGGAAGAGCACCGCCAUCUCUAAUGGCUAAUUCGUGGGUCGUCGCGAGAGCAGAGCAACGCCCCAUGGCUCCUUCUCCAGAUCUCCCCUUUGACCGUACCCUAUUGGGGGGCGGGUCUCUAUCCGCCUCUCGCCGCCGCGAUCUCGUCUUCGUCGUCAAUCCUCGAGGUGCUAAUGGCAAGACGUGGAAGGAGUGGAAGAAACUGUUGCCUUAUCUCAGGUCUCGCCUCGGUGAACAUUGUAACAUAUGUGAAUCUUUCACCUCUGGUCCUUCUCAUGCGACUGACAUAACGAGGGAGUCUAUACGAGAGGGUGCUGAUGCUGUAAUUGCAGUUGGAGGCGAUGGAACUCUUCAUGAGGUAGUCAAUGGCUUCUUUUGGGCUGGAAAACCUAUCACCAAUCAUGAUACAGCGACUUGCUCCACUGCUCUUGGUCUAAUUCCCUUGGGCACAGGCUCUGAUUUCGCCAGAACAUUUGGCUGGAAAAAUGAUCCUCAUGAUGCUGUUGAUCGCAUAGUCAAAGGGCAAAGAUCACAAAUAGAUAUUGGUGUCAUUGGGGGAGAAAAUGAAGAGCUUCAUUACUUUUUGAAUGUUGCGGACAUUCAUUUGAGCGCAAAAGCUGGUUACUAUGCUUCCAGAUACAAGCGAUUUAGAAACUUAUGUUAUGUCUUUGGUGCAUUGCAAGCCUUUAUCGGGCACCGUAACCAAGAUUUACGGAUCAAGGUGAAUGACGGUGAAUGGGAAACCUAUCCUCAAGUGACAGCGCUCUGUAUAGGUAAUGCCAAAUUCUUUGGGGGUGGCAUGAAGAUUGCACCAAAUGCUGAUCCUUGUAGUGGAAAUUUCGAGGUUGUGAUUCUUCAGGAUUUCAAGUGGUAUGACUUUAUCAUUAAACUGCAUAAGCUCUACAAUGGAACACAUUUGUCCGUAAAUAAUGUGUCUUCAAGAAGCGUGCUCUCAAUCGAAGUAGAAGAAAUAUCAGGCACUGGCAGCAUAUUUGUCCAGUCAGAUGGGGAACAUUUGGGGUUCCUACCUCGGAAAUUUCGUGUUUUGCCUUCUGCUAUAGAGAUGAUUUUCUGAAGUGGCAUCUAUACAAAACCGAAUCAGUGCAAAUAACUUGUUCGAUUGCAUACAAGGGUGACAAAUUUUCACCGAGAUCUCCUUUUUGGUCCAUUAAUGGAAGACGCAAAAUAAAUGCAUGGGAAAGGCCAGAGCAGAGCUUUCUGGAGAGAGGGAUCAGUUCAUUGCCGAAGCAUAUUGCUCUCUGCUUUUGCCAGAUGCGUCCUACACGUUCAUCUAUCAGGUUGAAGCCAUAGUUCUUUUCUGUUGAUCUCUUUCACCUUGUGUUUAGUCUCUAGAGUCGUGCAAAGGGACGUGAGUAUGAUCUGAUGCAGAUAAAGAACAAUUUUGAAAGGAUGUUGCUUUUUGCUCCGCAUUUUCAAAGUCCCCCAAGUGAUUGGUGUCCACCUUUUGCAAGAUCUUCUGCUUUCUGACCAGA